ACUAUGACUGAUAAUGUUACAAUGAUCAUCAGUGUAUCCUUUGCGGGGCAUAUUUUGCUGACUGGCAAGGUUAUAUGAAGUGCUUUUAUUGAAGCACCAUUUUAACUAGUAGCUCAUGGUAUUUUCUGCUUCCCUUCAUAGGGAAUUUAGUUAUUUUAUUUUAUUAUUUAGCUAAUUUAGCUAUUUUAAAAUAGCUAAAUUUUAGCUACUUUUUUUUCAGUUGACAAAGAAGGAUGUCUAAUCAAAGACUAUCGCUGAUUUUUUCUCUGUUGUUUAUCUGCUUCUUCGGGGAGAGUUUCUGCAUUUGUGAUGGAACUAUCUGGACAAAGGUUGGAUGGGAGAUUCUUCCAGAAGAAGUACAUUAUUGGAAAGUUAAGGGUUCUCCACCUCACCGUCUGCCUUAUCUUCUGGAUAAACUAUGCUGCGACUUUGCUAACAUGGAUAUAUUUCAGGGUUGUUUAUAUCUCAUUUAUAAUUUAUUACAAGCUGUCUUUUUCAUCCUAUUUGUUUUGUCUGUGCAUUACCUGUGGAUGAAAUGGAAGAAACACCAAAAAAAGCUGAAAAACCAAGCCUCCUUAGAAAAACCUGGUAAUGGUCUAGAAAGCCCAUUGAUCAACAACAUUGACCAAACACUCCACAGAGUGGCAACCACAGCAUCAGUGAUAUACAAGAUCUGGGAGCACAGGUCUCACCAUCCUUCCUCUAAGAAAAUUAAGCACUGCAAAUUAAAGAAGAAGAGUAAAGAAGAAGGAGCCAGAAGAUACUAAAUAUAUGCAUAUGCAAAUGUAGCUUAGUCAAAUAUAGAGAUCACAAAAGAAAUCUAUCAUCUAAGGAUAAAAAUGGUUCUUUGGAAACCUUUAUAAAUUUUUUGCCACAAUCUUUACUAAAAUUUUCCAAAGAAGCCUGGGUUGAAAUGUUACUUCCCAUUCAAUUAAAAAAGAACCCGAACUUACUAAAGUACUAGAGAAGAAAUUGUACACUGUAGAAAAUGAAAUAGAGGUUCCUCUUCAAAGGGACAUUCCUCCAAGUCUAAUUCAGAAUAGAUAGUAACCUCUCUUAGAAGCAAAAUUUACUCAAAGACCUGUGCUAAUAUUCUUAAAUUCUGCUAGCUGUAAUAAAAAAAAUCAAUAUACUCUGUUCUUAGCUCCCACAUUUUAGCCUAGGUAUUUGCCCUGGCAUGCCUGAAUAGGUCCAAGCAAGCAUGAGGUCAUAGCCUGUUUCUCUUUUCUUAUUUGGAAGUGUUUUUACCUCUCUCAGCAUUCCACAGGUUAAUUCCUCUCUUCCUUUGUUCUCCUCUGCGUUUGCCUCUUUUGGGAAUUUCUAAGUUGCUAGCCAGUCAGGUCAAGUACAGAAUGUGAGGUCCCAUUCCAGCCAAUGGAAACCGGACACAGCAAUAGGGUGGACGCAUCAGGUUAUAAAUGACCCUGUCUCUUUUGUUCGUGUGUGGCAAGACUGCUAGCAAGCAGCACCCUUUCUGCAGAAAGUAAACUAGCCUUGCUGAGAGAUCCUUUGUCUCAGUGUUGAUUUUUGCGACACUAAGCACCCGUUCCCAACAAUUUGGUGGCCCGUAGGGGAUUAACAUUCCCCUCUGGGACAGUCUUUGGUCCUCUCUCAUGGGGAGGCACCCCACCGCCCAUUGCAGCAGCCCCUGGAGGAGAGCCAGGACCUACCCGGAACAAGGAAUAUAGUUGGAUUCUCAGCAACGCGGGGAAAGAGAGAGGCUUGUGGGACCGCAGUGACCAGGUGACUCCAUGCACGGGCCAAGGUCAAAGGUCUCUUAGCACAGGCCACCACUAGAAUUUCCAGCACACCAGCACCAACCCGGGACCACCUUCUCAUCAAAGGGUGGAAGGAAGGGAAACUCCAGCCCACCUGGGAAGGCCCCUAUCUGGUGCUGUUAACCAUCGAGACUGCCAUCUGCACAGCUGAAAAAGGAUGGACCCACCAUACUCUAGUCAAGAAAGCAGCUUCCUCGUCAGAACCAUGGGUUGCUGUACCAGGAUUGAGUCCUACCAAGUUAAAGUUAAAGAAAGCUUAAUUUUUAUAUACCUUCUAUAUUGCUUCCUUUCCUUUCCUUAUUCUGUUGCUAGCUCCUUUGUUAUUAAUGUAACUAAGUCUGACUCACCUCAGACCAUUGCCUUUAAUGCUUGCUCUGUCACACCUUGUGGAGAUGUGAAGGGUCAAUGACCGCUAGCCUUUUCACACAAAUAUUUAUGACCCAGCCCUCUAACUGACACAGUUAUUCCUAGCACUCAUAGUUGUGAUCGCCUGCAGCUGAGACACCAAUUGUCUGCUCCUACAGCCUGGCAAACUUGCAGUAGCUGGGACUAUGUCCUUUGAACUACUCAGGAACAAGGUUAGACUUCCACGGAAGAGGUUUGUACAAAUCUAAAAUCCCUCAUCUAUUUCACUAAAGGGACUACCCCUUCUAACUGUCAGCCUUAUCAGUGUAACCGUGUCCUUCUCUCUCUCACCACCUCCACCUUAACUGACUCUUAACUUGCCCUUGUUCACGUCUAUGGUAUGGGGAUUGAUGUAAAUGGGAAAGACCCCCUAGGCAUUUUUGAGAUAUGCAUCAUUCCCCCGUCUUCCCCUUCUUCGGUAGCCUCAGUUUUAAAUCCCACACCAGUUGCUCCUACACCUAAUGAUAAAACUAGGGUGUCUAUUGUGAAAGUGAAAUAUCUUAAGACAGACCUUAGCCAUUGAGACAGGAUAUCAAGAUGCAAAUGCCUGGCUGAAAUCAAUUAAAUAUUCCGUUCGCACUUUAAAUAAAAGCGAUUGUUACGCUUGUGCACACGGUAGGCCAGAGGCCCAGACUGUCCCCUUUCCACUCGGAUGGGCUCCUCGUUGACCAAGCAUGGACUGUAUGGUGGCUGUCUUCCAGAUUCCCACUGCUUGGGAUAAUCCAUCAUGCCAAGCUCUCUCUGCUGUUUUCUGAAGUUCAACACACUGAGGGUCAGGCCCGGAGGGCAAUCCAGCUUCCACUUCUAAAUGCCAAGUUUACUUCAUGCCUCUCACUGCAAGGGGAGAAUUUAGUGUUCCUUGGAAGCAUAAAAAGAUGCAGGGAGCUCAGGCCUUUCCAGAAGCUUGUUCAUCAGUCCCCGAGCUGUAUGACGGUACUGUGGAGGACCUUUACUGGACACUCUGCCUUAUAAUUGGAGUGGUGCUUGUGCUCUAAUCCAGUUGACUAUCCCCUUCACCCUGGCAUUUCAUCAAUCUGAGAAAGUAAAAACAAGACACUGCAGGCCAAGGGAAACUCCCUAUGAGUCCUUUGAUCCUCAGGUUUACAUAGAUGCUAUUGGGGUCCCAUGAGGAGUGCCAGAUAAGUUUAAAGCAUGGAAUCAAAUAGCUACAGGAUUUGAAUUUACAUUGUUCUGGUGGUUAACUAUAAAUCUAUAAAUAAAAAUGUAGACUGGAUAAACUAUAUUACAAUCAGCAAUGAUUCGUAAAUUAUACUAGGGACUCCAUCGAAGGGAUAGCUGAGCAGCUAAGACCUACCAGCCAGAUGGCCUGGAAAAAUAGAAUAGCCUUAGAUAUGAUAUUAGCAGAAAAGGGAGGUGUUUGCAUAAUGAUUGAAACUUUAUGUUGUACCUUUAUUCCUAAUAAUACUGCCCCUGACGGAACUAUAAUAAGAGUGCUACAAGGAUUAACAGCCCUAUCCGAUGAACUUGCCAAAAAUUCUGGAUUAGAUGAUCCUUUUUCUAAAAGACAGAAUAUUGGUUCAGUGGAUGGAAAGGGAUUUUCACUUUAGUUCUCACCUCGUUAGCUCUUGUGAUUGGUGUACUUAUUCUCAUCGGCUGUUGUAUUAUUACCUGCCUUCAAAGUUUUAUACAAAAACUUGUCUCUGCCACUCUUAAAAAGUUAAUUCCUAACUUUUCUCCACCCUAUUCAGAAAGAUUACUUCUCUUAAAAGGACAAACAGAGCAACUGAGUCAAGACAUGUUAAACAAGUUGAAAGAGGAAUUAUAAAAUAAAAGAGGGGGGAAUUGUAGAAAAUGAAAUAGAGGUUCCUCCAAAGUGACAUUCCUCCCAGUCUAAUUCAGAAUAGAUAGUAACCUCUCUUAGAAGCAAAAUUUACUCAAAGACCUGUGCUAAUAUUCUUAAAUUCUGCUAGCUGUAAUAAAGAAAUCAAUAUACUCUGUUCUUAGCUCCACAUUUUAGCCUAGAUAUUUGCCUGGGCAUGCCUGAACAGGUCCAAGCAAGCAUUAGGUCAUAGCCUGUUUCUCUUUCCUUAUUUGGAAGUGUUUUUGCCUCUCUCAGCAUUCCACAGGUUAAUUCCUCUCUUCCUUUGUUCUCCUCUGCAUUUGCCUCUUUUGGGAAUUUCUGAGUUGCUAGCCAGUCAGGUCGAGUACAGAAUGUGAGGUCCUAUUCCAGCCAAUGGAAACCGGACACAGCAAUAGGGUGGACGCAUCAGGUUAUAAAUGACCCUGUCUCUUUGUUUGUGUGUGCUCUUGUGGCAAGACUGCUAGCAAGAAGCACCCUUUCUGCAGAAAGUAAACUAGCCUUGCUGAGGGA